UGUAACCAGAGAAGGAGACUCAAGCUGUGACCGAGAGGCUGCGGAGGCAUCUUUUUAUCCUCUGACUCUAUAGCCCGUGCUAGAAGGCACCCACCUCGGGGUUUCCGGUGGGUGCGCGCGUCACAUCCGGGCGGUUCUGAGAUGCCGGUGAAUUUGAAUACAUGUCUAUUACAGCUUCUUGUAAGAAGAUCCUUACAAAAGUUUGGGUUAGAACAUGUGUAUAAACACAGAAUAUUGUUCAUUUUGAACUCUUAAGCUUUGUGCCUUAUCCAGACUUCCUUUGGGAAUCAGAAACUUGAAUCGAUGUUAUCAGAUGAGUUAGAGUCCAAACCAGAGCUGCUGGUUCAGUUCGUUCAAAACACAGCUAUUCCACUAGGAGAGGAACUUGCGGAAUCAGGACCUAAAGAUCUCACCUGUCUGUCUCUCCUUCCCGUUGCUGAAUCCCCAGAAUGCAACAGGUUGAUAUUGCCAGAUGACUCCCCAAGUCACACUAGCACUUCAAAGGAUGUGUCCUCUGCUGCUCUUUUACGCAACCUCCAGGUGACUGUUGGCCCUGAUGGUGAAGAGACAAGGGCACAGACGGCACAGAAGCCUCCUGAGCUUCUCCCAAGUCCUGAUACGUCCAGUUUACUGCAAGAUCUUCAGCCCAACGACAGCACUUCCUUUAUCCUGCUCAAUUUAACACGGACAGGUCUUGGCUCUCUCUCAGAGCACCUGGUGUUUGUCCAGGAUGAAGCAGAAGAUUCUGGGAAUGACUUGUUCUCUAAUAAUAGCACUGACAGCAGCACUCCAUGGUUUUUACGAGUGCAGGAACUCGCCCAUGACAGCUUGAUUGCUGCCACUCGAGCACAGCUUGCCAAGAAUGCCAAAGCAAGCAAUAAUGGUGAAAAUGUUCAUGUUUGCUCAGGAGACUCACAGCCGAAAGAGCCCAGUCCCAUUCCUCACUUGCCCCGGGUGGAGAAAAAGUUGGCAUGCACUGUAGAAGGCUGUGAUAGGACCUUUGUAUGGCCAGCCCAUUUCAGAUAUCACUUAAAAACACAUAGGAAUGAUCGUUCAUUCACUUGUCCAGCAAAAGGUUGUGGGAAAAGCUUCUAUGUCCUGCAGCGCCUGAAAGUCCACAUGAGGACACACAAUGGAGAGAAACCAUUCAUUUGCACUGAACUAGGCUGCGGGAAGCAAUUCACAACAGCUGGCAAUCUGAAGAAUCACCUUCGAAUUCACACUGGGGAAAAACCUUUCUUAUGUGAGGCGCAAGGCUGUGGUCGUUCCUUUGCUGAAUACUCCAGCCUUCGGAAACACCUGGUUGUCCAUUCAGGAGUAAAGCCACACCAGUGUCAAAUCUGUGGGAAGACAUUUUCUCAAAGUGGUAGCAGAAACGUGCAUAUGAAGAAGCAUCAUUCUAGAAUUGGAAUGACUAGCAACAGACAGCAUGAGCAAAGAGAAUCACUGAUGGGCAGUAGUUUGUUGGAAGAGUCUGAAGUGCACAGCAAGAACCUGGUGUCAAUAAGUUCGCCUCCUAGCCUCGGUGUGGAAUCCUUGCACCUGCCAGACACAGAAUCAAUUAUUGGUGUAAAGGAGGCAGAGGUUCUUGCUGAAGCAACAUCAAAUUCUCUUCAUGCUGCUCCUGAUGUGGUUUUGCCAUCUCAUCAUUUAAUGCCCAUGUCAGUAUCAAGACACACUUAUGGGGUCUCAUCUUUGCUACAGUAGAUCCACAGAAAGUUACAAAAGGAGGAACAAAGCUAUGAAGCACUGAAUACAAGAAAUGAAGCUGUAGGACAUAUCUAUGUGGUGCUCCCAAAAGAACCCAUUUGGUACUUCGGUUACCGGGAUUUGUGAAAUGCCUCUGCGGUACGUCUCCUGCCUUCUCAGACCAGAGGUCUCUAAUAUGGUUUCUCUUCAAUCAGUGGAUACACUGUUUUCUGAAGAAUGGAUUCAGAAGCUUCUACUAAAGUCUGAACAGUGUGAUGCGUUCCUGUUAAAUCUGGUGUACAAAGGUCGGCCAGUUAUUGAUGCUGUUAUAACUAGUCUCAAGCCACUUUGUUUCUCUCCUGAAGCUAAACAUAAACUCAGCAUUGUAUUGACUUCUCAUCAAGGCGCAGCAGUCCCAUCCUUGCUUCUGAAUUACUGGGCUGGUUCUGUGGCAUUCUUUGAGCUGGAGCUUUCAUGUCCCCUUGCUGUGUGUGGAUACAUUCAACUAAUGCUGCUUUUGCUCCAAAAUGAAGACCUGGUGUUAUUCAGAGGGCUGUCUCAGACACCUUCAGUUAUUGCUGUGAUAUUUUAAUAUCUAAUUAUUAGGCUUAUUAGGGCUUUUAAUUUAAAAAACAAUCAUAGUUAGAAACUACUGUGUCCUUCUGUUGUAAAUAAACUAUAUACUUCAAUUUCU